AUGACAGCAACCAAAUCAAAUGUUGAUAGCGAGAAAAAUGAAACGAAGAGAAAACUGACUCUCUUUGUCUGGAAUCAUUUUAAGAAGCAAAAAAUUAAUGAAGUUGACAAAGCUGUUUGCAACUAUUGUCAAAAAAAAUUAGGAGGAUCAAGCAAAAAUAGAACAACACAUUUGCGUGAUCAUUUCAACAUAUGUCCUCUUAGGAAGCAUCGAGAUAUAAAACAAUCAAUCUUAAAUCCUCGUAAGAAGAAGGAUGGAAGUACUUCACUUGCUGCUCACAACUUUGAUCAAGAGUGUUCAAGACACAAACUUGCUAAAAUGAUUAUUUUACAUGAGAGGGAUAUAUUGAAGAUAUAUGAGAAUGAGAAGACCAAGACAAAGAACUCAAUUACUGACAAUUGUAGUAGAGUUGCAAUCACAAAUGACAUGUGGAUAUCAAAUAAUCAAAAGAGAGGGUAUAUGGUGGUGACUGCACAUUAUAUUGAUGAUUCAUGGAAUUUGCACAAUCGAAUUAUUAGGUUUAUAUAUGUGACUGCCCCUCAUACUGCUAAGCUAUUAGCAAAAGUAUUGAUGGAGUGUUUAGUUGAAUGGUCUCUUGAACGUAAGUUGUCUACUCUUACUUUAGAUAAUUGUACUGUGAAUAUUGCUAUGAUGGAUCAAAUGAAAGAAAAAUUGAAAAAUGCUUCUUUACUAAUGAAAGGUGAAUUAGUUCAUAUGAAAUGUUCUGCUCAUAUCUUGAACUUGAUUGUUCAACAAGGAUUAGGAGCGAUUCAAUGUGCCAUAGAAACUAUAUGUGAGAGUGUAGUUUUUUGGAUUGGUACUCCAAAAAGAGUUGAAAAGUUUGAAGAGGCUAAGAAAGGAUUAUCAUGUGCAAGCAAUAAAAAGUUAGUGCUUGAUUGUAAGACAAGGUGGAAUUCUACUUAUUUGAUGCUAACUAGUGCCAUUGUUUAUAAAGAUGUGUUUAGUCGCUUAAUACACACUGAGAAAAAUUACAAAAGGGAACCUAGUGAGCGAGAUUGGCUUUUGGCAAAAGUUAUGUGUGAGAAAUUGAAGUUCUUUUACCAUGUCACUGAGAUGUUUUCUGGGACCAAAUAUCCUACUACUAAUCUAUUCUUCUCUAAGAUUUGUGAUAUUUGGUUGUUGCUUAAGGAGUGCCUUAAGUCUUCAUAUGAUGAGAUUAGGAUAAUGGCAUCAAAUAUGAUGGAUAAAUUUGAGCAGUAUUAG